AUAUAUUGCACCACAAAUCAAAAUUAAGGAACAUGUUACGUUUAUGUUACAUCAGCUGUCAGCUGGUCAACCGUUAGGAUCCUAUAAAACAGUGGUUAUGGCUGUUGCCGUUCAGUUUAAACUGAAGUGAAAUAAACAAAUAUUAUUUUUGGCAAGAAAAUAUAUGUUCCAUGGUGUCCUCUGCUUUGUGACAUAGUGGGAAAAUACAAGAUGGCACCGAAAGUUUUAUUUAAAUUUACCAUGCUAUAAAAAGGCCAAUUGGAUCCUGUUUCAACUAAAGAAAUGAAAUGUGAAAUAUUGAUCUCGAAAUUUCGUACAUUUGUGUAUGCACAGUGGAAAAAUCAACCAGGCCCGUGCGCAAUUGUUCCCAAAACAAACUUAAAAUGGAUGUUGUAAAGGCUGUUCCUGAUCUCAGUACCAUGGAGAACGCUGUAACGAUUAACGAGAAUGAAAAAUCCAACACUGAGUUUCGUCAUAAGAGACAACGGAAAGAUUUCCUGUCUCUUGUGAAGAACAUUAUGAAGGAUUCUGACAACCAGGCUUAUCUUACUUACGAUGAGGGAAAUUUAACUACAUUCCCCGUGACUGUAACACCUAAUAAUGGAGUAUACGCUUAUCAUUCAUUCGAAUUUAGAGUUGACAUACCAGUAAAAUAUCCUGAUAUUGCUCCAAAAAUUACAUGCGUGACUGACGUAUACCACCCCAAUAUUGACGUCUAUGGUGAUAUUUGUUUAAGUCUGUUUGACGACUGGUGCGGGGAGGUCAAUGAUCUUCGAGAUUGCGUGAUGGGUUUGUUAUUUUUAUUUCACCAUCCUAACAUUGACGAUCCUUUGACUGAAAAUUUUAAUGAUUAUGGUGAAUUGACAGAAGAAGAAUUCCACAAGCGUGUUAAAGAGUCUUUAGCGAAGAAAGAAAUGGAAGGCGUCGUUUUGGAUUUGGAAAACUGUCAUGUUUAAAAGACAAAGAAAUUCCAGAUUUGAAUAUUUAAGCCUGGUUACCUUUUGGCACAAUGCAGGUUGGGAGAUUACUUUUGACACAAUGCAGGUUAGGAGAUUACCUGUAGACACAAUGCAGGUUGGGAGAUUACCUUUGGACACAAUGCAGGUUGGGAGAUAUUGAACUAAUUUCGGCAUAUAUAAAUUAGUAAACAAUUCGGCUUUUUUAGAUUUUUUAUUUGUAAAAUAUGUUAAUAUUUUGUAUUAUUUUCUAUUUGUUAAUUAAAGCUGUAUGGUGUCCCUA